AUGGAUGCCUUUAAGCUGGCACCGCAAGUAGCAGAAGACACUCUAGAGUAUUCACUGUAUCCUAAAACCUAUGGUGAAUCACCAGCCACUUUGAGAACACUGAUACUUGAUUAUGUGACUGAGCUAUUACCCUCAAAUUUCUUGUGGCACCGUGAUUCAUUCGAGAUUACUGUACAAAAUUCUGGCCAAGAUAAUUCCAGACCUCUCGCAGCCACUAAUGAAUGGAACUUCUAUGGACGUAUGCGUGUUGGAGACUGUGUCGAUGAUGAGUGGUGCGCGGUAUGGUUGUUAAGAGAAAUUAGCAUGAAGUGGGACUUGGCUGUGAGUGUACACGAUACGGACGGAGAAUUUCUUCUCAUCGAGGCCGCAGACGUUCUACCCGCAUGGAUAACACCUGAAAAUGCGGAGAGCAGAGUCUGGAUCUAUCAAGGGCACCUGCACGUCAUCCCCCUCUCAUACACCUCGGACCCUAGCACACGGCCCAUGCAAUACACCAGUGGCUUGAACGAUGAUUUUGACGCUCAAACCCCGGCAGAGGAAUAUCUCUCUGUGGCGGAUGCAGUGAGACUCAUUUUCGACGACAAUACGGCUACAAAGGCAGACGCCAGCGUCGAGCAAGCAGCUUUGAAUCGGGUCGUCAAAUAUCCCUCUGCCUUAUCACAACACAUUCAUCGAACGAGGGCAUACUUACCCAUCGACGUUGCUCGAGCAUUAUCGGUCAAUCCCUCACUAGUUCAACGUGCUGUAGAGACAUUCUACACUCGUGACGGCCUGCAACUUAGGGCGGCUCAAAAAAUGGCCAGAUUCUCACCAAAACCUGACGUACUAACGGUAGUCUCAAUGACAAGACCAGCAUAUGCUCAACUCGCGGGGCAAGUAUUCCAUCCUCCAAAGGUUUUCGGGGUAUGGCAGGAACAACAGGGGAGACCAGAAUACCGAUGGCGGGAUAUCGGAAUGAAGAUCGCAUGUGGAUUUGAGAUGAUGUAUGCGGAGGGUAAAUCACAGGCCAAAGCCCUCGGCGGCAACUCGAUCGAGUCGCGGGAUGCUCGUUUGGACGCAUUACGUCGUGACGAAGGCUACAAUACGUACAUUCAAGGACUCACUAAAGCGGGAUACUUUGGUAAGGAGCUUGCCGGAUCACAACUCUACAAAGAACGCGAACAGGUGGCUGCCGACAAAUACGUCGAAUUUCGGUCUAAUACGGAUGUAUCACGGCCUUCAUUUGCCGCUCACGUCGAGGAUGCUAUCAAGUUAUCUUCGGAACACCCUCUAUCUUCCUCUCAAGAGGAAGACUCAAUAGAAUGGCUCCAAAUCGAUGAGAGUACAUUUGAUGGUAUGCUGAAGCAAAAAUUUGAUCGUAAGGAUGCCAGAGGGCGGUAUGGAGACGAUGAGGAUCAAUAUGCCCAAGAUCAGGCAGCUAAACUCCAAGAACUAGCCAAAAAGGUCGAAGGGUUUGUAGAAGGCAAGGGUGACUUGGAGGGGGCACGUUUCGAAGAUGAUAUUCUGGAGGAAGAUAUGGGCCCGGAUAGCGAUGAUGAGUCGAUCACAUCGGAGCCAAACGAGGCAGAUCGGCAACAAGCCAUGGACAGCCUUGUUCCACCGUUGGAGCCAGGAGAUUAUGGUCAAAUGCCUGCCUCAUACAGUAAUUCGCAGCCGGUUAAGCCGAGCACCCUCGAGACGGAGAAACAUAUGUCGGAAGGGGAGGAAAUGCCUGCACUAGGAGAAUCAACCCCCGAUUCUAAACUCUCUAUUAUUGACGCAUACAAGACCUCUACAUCAGCGGCUCAUGAUAUGGAUCAUCAAUCUGAACAAAAAAGUCGCGAAAAGCUAUUAAGGCGCGCACUCUUGCCUCGCGACCGUUUCGAUGGCGUAGAGUCAGACGAUGAUACUGACCCAGAAGACGCGGAAUCUACCCUCAACACGUUGCCUGAUGACAGCGACAGUGAAGAAGACCGACCUACUGUUGUUGGAGAAGUUGAAAUCGAUAUGGACGAUGAACAGGAAGAAUUCAUCAAGUUUUCUCGAGAAGCACUUGGGAUCGACGAUGUACUGUGGAGCAAGAUUAUGGAAGAGCGGAAAAGUCGCGGAGCCUUUGUCCCGAGCGGUCUUACGAAAAACGUUGCAUCAGCAAGUUCUCGUGCACCAACGGCAACUAAAAGCUCCACUGGGAACGAAAUGCACUGGCUGGACGAUACACCUAAACAAAACGUCCCACGUUCAUCAACGACGGGCCCGAACCUCCGCGCCAAUCCAAAACUCGAUUCCUUCGAGGCGGUUAUGGAGGCUAUGGAAGCGGAGCUCAACUCUUCCCGGACCAAACCAAAUACAAGUACUAAGUCGUCGGCAUUGAAAGAUCCCCAAAACAAAGGAAAAAGGAAAGCGGAAGAUAAGAAGAACUCGGGCAAACAAAUGAGAAUUGCCGAUGAUGAACACGGCAUGGAGGAUAUCGAAACCGCGAUGGAGCGCGAAUUACGCGAGGUGCUGGAUGGGGGCGAUAACAGCGAUGAAGAUGGUGAAGUGUCGAUGGAUUACAAUCUCAUCAAGAAUUUUCUCGAGAGCUUCAAGGGCCAAGCCGGAGCGUCAGGCCCAGUUGGUAAUCUGGCAGGCCGCCUCCAGCAAGGGUGGGCUCUUCCGCGCGAUAACGAUGCUUGA